CACUUUUUAUAUUGCUAUAAUUAGAAGAAAAAGUUUAUUUCAGGGUUAUGUAUGUAUGUAUGUAUGUAAGCAUGUUCUUAGAACCUGCAUUAAGUGUUGCAGGUAGCCGGUAAAUAAACGCUUGCUCAAUCCUUUUGCAGCUCAUGUUGUGACGCAAAUGAACUCUAGGAAAACUUUGGACAAGCUGCUACGCUCAUAUUUCCUCACCGUCUACCAAAGCUAAAGACGAGCCUACUUUUAAAAAACAAAGGCAGACAGAUCGACAACACAAACCCAGCAGGGAACUGCUCUUCUGUCGUACACGUUCUUUUUAGUGAUUCUUUCGAACUGAUUCGUAUAGCGUUUUUAAAGCGGUUCAUUGUGAAGCAUCGUUCGAACCGAUUCGCUAAAGUGAAACUUACCUAAUGGUACUAGUGCUCUGAACCUCAGACAUGAGCGAGCGUUUUAUGAGAGAGAGUAGAGGAUAUGGGAGGAGUUGACGUCUCCUAAAAACUCUUCGAGAACGGUUGUCCACCCUGACAUGUUUUUACACCGAUUUAUAGCUACUGUCCGUGGGUAUGACACCAAGCGCGUCUCCACUAUGUUUAUGGUCGAGACUGUCACCCUAUUUAACAUGGACAGAAGACUCGUUUAGGUUUGUCCUUUGUCACUACCGAAACCUUUAACACCCUGUGUGGGAUUAAUUUGGAAUAUUUGGAGACUUGAAGCGAUUGUCUAGAUGGAAGACGAGCCGCUGCUUACUGGCAGCAUCAACCGGGGUUCAGGAGAUUAUGGAUCUCAUGAUAGUGAUCAACAUCAACAUGAAGAAUCAUCAAGAUCAGGACGGCUGUCCUAUUCAGUGACUGACGAUUCAGAGGAGCAGGAUGCAGAUUCAGAACUCUAUAUCCAGCAGGCAGUUGUAUUUAUUGAAGAUGCAAUUCAGUAUCGAUCCAUCAAUCACAGGGUUGAUUCUGGGUCCUUACGGUUAUACAGAUGGUAUUACUCCAGGAUAUGUCAGUGGGGUCUGGGGUUCACCAUUGCUGUUGUACUGGCACUGGCCUUCAUUGAGAGACCCUCCUCUCUAACCUACACUUCAGACAUUCGUUUCAAACCCAAGCCCUGGGAGCCUCCCUGUGGACUGACGGAGGGGAUCGAGAUCGUCUGCCUUUGUAUCUUCAUCCUAGACAUCACUGUGAAGAGCUAUCUGAUAGGAUGGGAGGAGUUCCGUAUGAACAAAUGGCUGAUUGGUUAUAUAAUAGUGAUUGCAGCAUCAGUUAUUGAUUGGAUGUUGAGUGUUAGCAUGAUGUGUGAUGAGAAUUUAAGAGUCAGGAGACUGAUUCGCCCAUUUUUCCUCUUGCAAAAUUCCUCCCUCAUGAAGAAAACUCUAAAAUGUAUCAAAAGGACUCUUCCAGAGAUAGCAAGUGUUAUCCUGCUCCUGGCGUUACACCUCUGCAUAUUCACCAUGAUUGGAAUGCUGAUCUUUUCCAAAUCAAAUGACCCUGAGAAGAAUGGAGAAUGGGAAACAUACUUCAAAAACCUGCCAAAAGCCCUGUCCUCUCUGCUAGUGCUGCUCACCACCGCCAAUAACCCUGACGUCAUGAUUCCAGCGUACUCUCUGAACCGUGGCUAUUCUAUCUUUUUUAUACUCUUUAGUGUGUUUGGAACGUAUUUGUUGAUGAAUCUAAUGACGGCUAUUAUUUAUAACCAGUUCAGGGGAUAUUUACUGAUGUCAGUUCAGACGUCUAUAAUCAGGAGGCGUCUGGGGAUUCGGGCUGCGUUCGAGGUGCUUUGCUGUCCGGGCCGAGGUCACACCAGCACUCAGUCUGAAGGCCAUGUGGAGCGAGUGGCGGUGAACAUGUUUCUGCAGGUCAUGAAUAGAGUCCACAUGAAGUCUUACUGCAGACAAGCUAUCAUUAAGGCUGCUCAGCAGUUCCCAGAUGGCUUCAUCAAUGGCGAGGCCUUCCAGAGGAUCUUUAAUGAGCUGGACAAAGAUUAUAUGAAAGAGCAUCCACCAAAGCCAGUGUACAGUUCUUCUGUCCUACAGCAUAUCCAGUAUAUCUACAGCCACUUUUAUAUUACAGUGCUGGGAAACGUUGUCGCUCUGGCUAAUGUCAUCUGUAUCUGUACCGCCUUGCUUCUGAAUUCAGAGAAAUCCACCUCGGAGAGAAAUUACUUCUAUACGGAGAUCAUCAACUGUAUUUUCAUCCUGUACUAUUUAAUAGAGAUGUUACUGAAAAUAGUGGCUUUUGGUUGGAGAGGCUACCUGUCUUACAGGAAUAACAUGUUUGAUGGAUUUCUCACUGUUCUUCUGCUGGCGAUUCAGAUUGCCAUAUUCAUCACAUACAGGAAUCCCUAUGAGGACGUGGAUCCGGUUCCACACCGUGUGAUGGCUUUGUGGGAGAUGGUGCGAUUGGUCAACAUGUUGAUUGUUUUCCGUUUCCUCAGGAUAAUUCCAGAAAUCAAGCUGAUGGCUGUGGUGGCCAGCACUCUCGUGGACCUGGUGAAAAACUUACGGGCGUUUGCUGGCAUUCUGUUGGUGGUGUACUAUGUGUUUGCAGUUCUUGGUAUCUGGCUUUUCCAGGGAGCUAUAACCCCUCCAUCAAACAUGAGCCUGAUCUCCAACUCCAGCACAGAGAACAACACCACGGGUCCCUUCAGCAUGGAUUGUGGCACUUUUGAACAGCUGGAGUACUGGCCAAACAAUUUUGAUGAUUUUGCUGCCUCUCUGGUCCUGCUCUAUAACAUCAUGGUGGUGAAUAACUGGCAUGUUUUCACAGACGCAUACACCAGAUACACUACAGAGUGGUCUUUGGUGUACUUUGUGGCCUGGUGGUUGACAUCUUCAGUCAUGUGGGUCAACCUGUUUGUGGCACUCAUUUUGGAGAACUUCACCUAUAAGUGGGACCGCAGUAAUACUCUGUCUGUUGAGGAUGUGGAGAGAAUCGCCUAUCAAAGCACUGUGCAGCUUAUGUUCAGAGAGCAAGUCCAAGAGCCGACAGAAGAAGAGUUAGUAGCUCAACUACAACAACAUCCUCAUCUCCACCUCUCCUGGUGACCCUAAACCCACCUCCAACUCCAAAACAGACCCAGAAUCCUCCAGGACUCCAUCACUGUGUCUGUGUAGGCCUCAUGUUUACAUAUCCAUCCAAUUUGGAGGGCCUGUUUCCCAUUAUAGGAUCUGUGUUGCUUCAGGUCGGCCUGGGAAAGGAUGUAUGUGUUUUCUAACAGAGCGUCACAUGAUUAAUGUUCGGAGGAACUUCAAUUUAAAAAGAAGCUUUAGCUCAAGUCACUCCUGCUGCUGGAGUCCCAGAGUUCUUGUCUUACAACCUGUAAAUUACAGUAGUAUCAGUACCACCGGUUUUGAUGUACCCUCAUGUCUGGAAGAAAUUCGUUCUUUGAGUUUGAAAGUCUUUCUUUUUUUGAGAAACCAAACACAUUCUCGUCCCGCAUUUGAUGAUAACCAUAUUUUUUAUUUAUUUUUGUAAGCCUGUUACAAUUGAACAACAUAAUAAGAAUAUGUAGGUUUUUGUAUAUAAAAAAAAUCAUGGAAACAAAGGGACAAGACUCGUAACUGUAUUCAAUUUUUUUUUAGCUUUGUUUUUAUUAAUUCCAUAUUUUUGACUGCCAUUAUUUUUGUUCAGUGCUUUUAUUUAUGUUAGAUUUUACAGAAAUCUGUAGAGACCUGUAAUCUAUGGGUGAAUUUCAUCAAAAUGGUCAAGAAAUGUCCAGAUCAUAUUUCACCUUAAAAAUGAAAAAGAAAAUUGAUACAGUAAAUAUAUUGUAUAAAAAAAUGACAAUUAAGCACAUGCCCCAUCCAAAAUGAUAUAUUAUUUAAAUUUGCAAAGUACAAUUGUAAGUAUACAUUUUUUUGCAAUAAAAAAUCAUUUAAUCAGUGUGUCCUGACAGGAUUGAGACGUUGUUGUUUUGUAUUAUAGUAAAUAGUAAAUUUUUGAUUGAUGAUCAUUAUCACCUUGGUGCAAAAUGUAAUGUCUUAUUUUUCUUUGUAUUGUGGGAAAAUGUGACCUGGACUGUUAGUCAAUAUUGGGAUAUUUUCCAUGUUUUCAAUCUUGUCAACAGAUGGUGUUUUACUGUAAUCAAUGCAUUGAUUUGACUGAAAAUUGGUAUAAAUGGUUGAAUAACA